AUUCGGCACACAGUUCAUCAUCAUCUCUCCAAGCAUCAACAUCUCAAAAGAAAACUAAUUUCACUCAACAAAAUGGGAAACGUACACGCCGUCAAUUGCGUCCUCACCUCCGAAGAUGCCAACAACAAUUUACCCAAUCUCAUGAAACGUACUUGCCAACGCAUGAGUUUCAAGCGUGGCAGUACCAGCCGCAGUAGUGGCGGCAGCGAUAAAUCCUCAGCCUCAUCCAGUUCAUCACCCGUGGCCAAAAUCAAAAAAUUAGGCAAAAAACGUUUGGUACUCAACACCAUGCCUCGUUGUUCGUCCUUUGAAGAUCUCUCCACCGCUUUGCCAUCAUCGAAAAAAUCGGAUAAUGACCCCACCUAUUUGUUGUGGAAAAAGGCCUUUGAACAACGUCGUCCUAAACCUGCCGCCGAAAUGGAAACGCACAUGGCUCGUAUGCGUCGUCGGGUGCACAACAUGAGCUCAGCUGUCAGUGGACACCUAACACCCAAAGGAUUUCCAGCCUUCACCAUGAAACGGCAACAGAAAAAGGCCACCAAAUCAUCGGCGGGAAAAGAAAACUGCCCACCCACUACUCCCCCAGCUGGCGUGGUUGUGAAACAAAAGAAACCCAUUGUCAAAAUACCUCAACAUUUGACCAACAAACUGACCAUCAAUGGUGCCACUGUGGGCACCAUUAGUUUGCCACCAAAAAUGAAAAUGAAAUCCACCACCGCCAGCGUAAAACCCAAAUACACCUUGGCUCCCCUCAAUCUGCUCUCCCAGCUGCCGCAAAACAAACAGGCCAUAAUUAUUGAGCAACUCUAUCGUGACAUCAAGGAAUUCGAGUCACGCUAUGACGAUCAAAUGGAGUCCUUUAUCAUGUAA